AUUCUAGCUCAGAGGAGGACGAAGAGGAGGAUGAAGAGGAAGAGGAGGAGGCAGAGGACUAUGGGACAGACGGCACCGACAGGCUUUCAUCGCCUGCCCUUGAUGAGAGUGGCUUGGGCCUUCUAGCAAGGUUUGCUGCCAGUGCCAUGCCCAGCCCCAUCGUUCCUCCUCCACUCUCCAUCAUCCAGCUGGAGGCCAAGCAGAAGGCAAAGAAGAAGGAGGAGCGGCAGAGCCUGAUGGGGACAGAGUUUGAAUACACCGACUCAGAGAGUGAGAUCAAGAUCAGGAAGAAGUCUCCUUCAGGACUGCUGCGGGGUAAGAAGGGGCCGCUGGAGGCAAGCAGCAUCCCACCAAGCCAGGCCCCCAGCAGCCUCGACUCCGGAUCUGGGAACGCUGACAAGGCCAAGCUUGGGUCUGAGAAAGGCCGUAAGCUGAAGAAAUUCAAGUCCCCCAAGGACCUGAGCUUUGAGUUUGGGCUGGAGGCCAGCGAUGAUGACCUGUGGAACCGGCGCCGGAGCGAGCGCAUCUUCCUCCAUGACGCCACCAUGUCCUCAGCCAUGCUGACCCCUGCGGCGCCUGCCAGCUCCACUCCUGUCUCCAAGCCUGGGCGCUGUGGCAAGGGGGCACCCAUGAGCCCCAAAAAGGAGGGCAGCAAGGGGAAGGAGAGGAAGGAGCUAAGCAAGCGGAAGAAGGGUAAAGAAGCACCCUGCUGCUCCUCCUCCUCAUCCAUGUCUCCUCCUGGCAUCCCUAGCUCCCCAUCUGAUGUUCGUGUCAGCCUGGCGAGUGCCCUGGGCUCCACCAAGAAGAGCAAAGCUAAGGUGAAAGCCAAGGAGGUGAAAAAAGAGAACCGAGGGAAGGGAGGAGCUGUCAGCAAGCUCAUGGAGAGCAUGGCAGCAGAGGAGGAUUUUGAACCCAACCAAGACAGCAGCUUCUCAGAGGAUGAGAACAUCCCACUGAGCAUGCUGGUUGAGCGACCACCCACACCAGCUCCCCGCUCCUGCAUAAUCGACAAGGAUGAGCUGAAAGAUGGUCUGCGUGUCCUCAUCCCCAUGGAUGACAAGCUGCUCUAUGCUGGGCAUGUCAAGACUGUGCAUUCACCAGACAUAUACCGUGUGGUGGUGGAAGGCGAGAGGGGGAACCGUCCCCACAUCUACUGCCUGGAGCAGCUCUUGCAGGAAGCGAUCAUCGACGUGAAGCCUCCUUCUGUGCGAUUCCUGCCUGAGGGCACGAGGAUUGCAGCCUACUGGAGCCAACAGUACCGCUGCCUCUACCCAGGGACAGUUGUCCGAGGAGCCCUGGAUCUGGAGGAGGAUGGUGAUCUUAUCACAGUAGAGUUUGAUGAUGGGGACACAGGACGUAUCCCCCUGUCUCACAUUCGGCUUCUCCCACCUGACUACAAGAUCCAGUGUGCUGAGCCUUCCCCGGCCCUUUUGGUGCCGAGCACCAAGCGCCGUAGCCGUAAAUCCAGCAAAGACACUGGAGAAGGAAAAGAGGGAGCUACACUGGGGUCAGAGGAGCCUGUAUCAAAGGGCAAAGGACGAGGGAGAAAGCCAAGUGUCAAGGCGAAAGCUGAAGAGGCUGCCUUGCCAGAAGAGAAGGAUCAGGUUGAGUCUUCACCUGUGGCCUCCUCAGUCCCCGAGCAGCCAGCCUGCUUGGGCAAGCCAAGCAUGAAGGGGUCGCGAAAAUCACAACCGCUGCCGACUGGAGGAUCUCCUGCUCCCACAGAGGAAAAGAGGUCAAAAGCCAGCAAAAUGAAGAUCUCCACUAAGCUGCACAGCCCCCCCCAACCCACUUACCAGCCUGCUGUGUUUGGUAGCAUCCUCACCACAGAACCCUACAGCGACCUCCCCGGGACACUGGCUGCCUUCACCUCCAGCGAUGCUUCAACGUCAAAAACUAAGGCCAAGAAGGGACGGCCCACAGAAGAGACGCAGGAGUUUGCCACCAUGGUCAAGGCUCAGAGAAAGCAUGAGAACGAAAUCCUGAUCAAGCUGGACCAUGAGGGUGUGAUGUCUCCAAAGACAAAAAAGAUGAAGGAGGCGAUGAGGAUGCUGGAAGACUCGUCCCUGGCCAGUCGCAGGGAUGGCAAGAGUCUCUUGGGGCUGGGCUAUUCCCCUGCAGUGGGUGUGGAGGGCAAGCAGAAAUCUUCUCGAGCCAAAGCACCUGAGGGAGACCCUUCCCCUGCCAGCUUUGGAGGGAAGUUUGAUGGCUCAGCAGAGAGCCUCACUGCUUCGAAGGACCAGGAGGAAAAGGCAGCCGCUCCAGCAGCCAUGGAGGAGUCUGAGAGCAACAGCAGUGACAGCAGCUCGGAGUCAGAGGGAGAAGAGGAGACUGAGAAGAACCGAGGGGAAGCCCAGGACAGCAGCUCAACCAGCUCAAGAGCAUCCACACCCCUUUCCUCCUCCAACUCCUCUUCCUCUUCCUCUUCUAGCAGCAGCUCCUCUUCCUCCUCCUCUUCUUCCUCCUCUUCAGCCUCAUCAACCUCUUCUUCAUCGAGCUCCAGCUCUUCCUCCUCCUCCACCACGGAUGAAGAUUCCUCCUGUAGCUCUGAUGAUGAAGUAGCUGAAGCCCAGGCAAGUUCCUCGGUGCAGCAAACCCUCCCACCCAAGCAAACCAAGCAGGCAGGGAAAUCCCGUGCGUCCUCCCACCCGCAGAGCCAGAAGCAGCCGGCACAGCAGCCGGCGCAGCAGCAGAGUGGCAACAAGAGCAGGCCCAAGAAGCGUGAGGGCAUCCACCUGCCCACCACCAAGGAGCUUGCCAAGCGCCAGCGCCUGCCUUCCGUGGAGAACAGGCCCAAGAUCGCUGCGUUCCUCCCCGCACGGCAGCUCUGGAAGUGGUUUGGGAAACCCACACAGAGACGAGGAAUGAAAGGGAAGGCCAGGAAGCUCUUCUACAAGGCCAUCGUCCGGGGCAAGGAGAUCAUCCGCAUUGGAGACUGUGCAGUGUUCCUCUCAGCCGGCCGCCCCAACCUGCCCUACAUUGGCCGCAUCCAGAGCAUGUGGGAGUCGUGGGGGAACAACAUGGUGGUCCGGGUCAAAUGGUUUUAUCACCCAGAAGAAACCAACCCUGGGAAGAAGCUCAACGAAGGCAAGCGCUGGGAUCAGAAAUCGGGCAGGAGUCUGUCCACAGCUUUGCAGGCAUCCAACCAGAGGAAGGACUUUAUGGAGCGAGCUCUCUACCAGUCCUCUCACGUGGAUGAAAACGAUGUCCAGACCAUCUCACACAAGUGUCUUGUUGUUGGUCUGGAUCAAUACGAGCAGAUGCUAAAGACAAAGAAAUACCAAGACAGUGAGGACCUCUACUACCUUGCAGGGACCUACGAGCCCACUACGGGCAUGAUCUUCAACACCGACGGGGUCCCCGUCAUCUGCUGACCGCCCAGGGGACACGUGCCACCCCCUGGAAAGGGACGGGACAAACCUGAGGACGUGCCUGUUCAGACGACAUGAUUGUUUCUUUCAAUGCUCAUGAAUUCUGUGUCACACUACAGACAGGAGAGCGCAAGAGACACGAGGAGGAAGGAGAGGGCUGAAGGAAAGGGGUUGGGGAAGCAGUUUCAGGACUUGAGGAAGAUGCUGUUGGGAGGUGGUGGUGCUUGAACCCCAAGGCUCUUCUGGAAGUGGCUUUAAGUAAGGUGACACUUGAC